AUGGUUACUGUUAAAAAAUUUGAUGCUUCAAUCAUUGCAAAUUCACAUCGUAAAUCUGAUGCAGAGAAAUCGCUCUAUGUUGAUGCACAAGAAAAAGCAUCUGACGAGUCAUAUGUACAUGAAUUCAAAGAAUUCGCUGGUGUGACAAUAAUAAUACGAACAGUUCAUAAUCCAAGAGCUUUCGAAAAUUCAGAUAUACAAGGAAAAGCUGGUGCACAAGGUGUCCGACGAAAAUCUGAUCUUCCACAAUCUCAAUUAAAUAAGCAUGAAACAAUUAACCACGGAGACAAAAGUGGUCAUACAGCUGCUGAGGAAGUUGAACGUAAGCAAAUAUUUCUCGAAAAUGUAAAUCGAAUUCGUACCUUUAAACGACUUCAUCCAAAUGCAAUAUUCACAAUUGGUAUCAAUCAUUUGGCUGAUCGACGCAUCGAAGAACUUGUCUCACCUUCAAAACACUAUAUUAAACUCCAUUCUGGAAAUAUGGAAAAUUCUCUUGAAUCAUUCGAUGUACCUGAUUCAUUCGAUUGGCGUACAAAAGGCGUUAUCUCACCAGUAAAAGAUCAAGGUAUAGUUGGAGAUGCAGAAGCCUUCGCUGCUGUAGAAGUUAUUGAAAGCUUGCAUGCUAUUCAAACGGGAAAACUGAUAGAAGGAAGUGUUGCUCGUGUCGUCGACUGUUGUCCACAACCAGUUGAUCUAUUUCAAUGCAUCAUGAAACUAGGUGGCAUAUGUAGCGCUGGUGAUUAUCCGACACCUACUGGUCAAUGCAUACCAAAUCAAUGUACACCAUUUGCUCAUUUAAUUAUUUUUUCUGUCUUACUGGUUGUGGUUUCCGGUAGUUCGUCAAUCGAUUGGCUUAAGUUUAAACGUGAUUAUAAUAAACAUUAUAAAUCAGCUGCUGAGGAAGUUGAACGUAAGCAAAUAUUUCUCGAAAAUGUAAAUCGAAUUCGUACCUUUAAACGACUUUAUCCAAAUGCAACAUUCACAAUUGGUAUCAAUCAUUUGGCUGAUCGACGCAUCGAAGAACUUGUCUCAUCUUCAAAACACUAUAUUAAACUCCAUUCUGCAAAUAUGGAAAAUUCUCUUGAAUCAUUCGAUGUACCUGAUUCAUUCGAUUGGCGUACAAAAGGCGUCAUCUCACCAGUAAAAGAUCAAGGUGUAGUUGGAGAUGCAGAAGCCUUCGCUGCUGUAGAAGUUAUUGAAAGCUUGCAUGCUAUUCAAACGGGACAAGUGGUAGCAGGAAGUAUUGCUCGUGUCGUCGACUGUUGUCCACAACCAGUUGAUCCAUUUCAAUGCAUCAUGAAACUAGGUGGCAUAUGUAGCGCUGGUGAUUAUCCGACACCUACUGGUCAAUGCAUACCAAAUCAAUGUACACCAUUUGCUCAUUUUGAUAAAAUCAUGCGACUUAAAAAUCGAGAUGAAAAUACUAUGGUAGCAUGGAUUCAAAACUCUACAUUGUAUGUUGGUAUCGAUGCAAGCCGAGCUUCCUUUCAGCUUUAUCAAAGUGCUGCUGAGGAAGCUGAACGUAAGCAAAUAUUUCUCGAAAAUGUAAAUCGAAUUCGUACCUUUAAACGACUUCAUCCAAAUGCAACAUUCACAAUUGGUAUCAAUCAUUUGGCUGAUCGACGCAUCGAAGAACUUGUCUCAUCUUCAAAACACUAUAUUAAACUCGAUUCUGGAAAUAUGGGAAAUUCUCUUGAAUCAUCCGAUGUACCUGAUUCAUUCGAUUGGCGUACGAAAGGUGUCAUUUCGCCAGUGCAAAACCAAGGUGUUCUCGCAGACGUUGAAGCCAUCGUUACUGUAGAAGUUAUUGAAAGCUUGCAUGCUAUUCAAACAGGACAACUCGUAGAAGGUAGUGUUGCUCGUGUCGCUGACUGUUGUCCACAACCAGUUGAUCCUUUUCAAUGCAUCAAGAAACUGGGUGGCAUAUGUCGUGCUGCUGAUUAUCCGACACCUACUGGUCAAUGCAUACCAAAUCAAUGUACACCAUUUGCUCAUUUACAACUUGUUGGUUACGGUAAAACAGCUUCAGGAGACCUUUUCUGGAUAUGCAAAAACAGUUGGGGCGUUAAUUGGGGUGAAAAAGGUUAUAUACGUAUUCUACGUGGACAAAAUACUUGUGGAAUUGCCUCUUACGUCGUACAAGUUGCAUAA